AUGGAAUUCUUGAAGUCUUUUGCCCAUCCUGACGAAGUGAUGGCUUUGGUCAAGUUUAAAAUGGGUGGAUGUGAAGCAGUGAUGCCCAAAACUGAUCCCAAAUCUUUCAGUAAGACAUUACAGAAAUGUUAUGUACAUUUGAAUAAUACUAGUCGUAGUUUCUCUGCUGUUAUUCAAGCUAUAGAUGAUAUAUCUCUUCGACAUGCUGUAUGUAUAUUCUAUCUAGUAUUAAGAGCUCUCGAUACAGUUGAAGAUGAUAUGACUAUACCCAUGCCAGUGAAAAUACCCAUGUUAAAAUCUUUCUACAAAAAUCUUUAUGAUAAGAACUGGAAAUUUAUGGAAUCCAAAGAAAAGGACAGAUUGGUUCUUGAAGACUUUCCUACUAUUUCUCACGAGUUCAGAGAGUUAGCCCCCAUUUAUCAAGAAACUAUAUCUGAAAUCACACGGAAAAUGGGAGAAGGAAUGACAGUGUUUUUUGAAAGAGAUUUAAUCACACUAGAGGAAUGGGAUGAGUAUUGUCAUUAUGUAGCAGGAUUAGUAGGUAUAGGAUUAUCCAAGCUCUUCUCUGCCUCAAAACAAGAAUCAGAGAUAGUUGGUAAAGACACAUACCUAGCCAACAGAAUGGGACUGUUUCUACAGAAAACUAACAUCAUAAGAGACUAUCUAGAAGACCAGAAUGAAGGCAGAGCUUUCUGGCCCAAAGCAGUA